AUGGAUCAAGAAAAGAGAACGUUUGCCGAACUAAUAGCCUUCUUGGGUGACGAAGUCCAAACUCAACAUGCGGACGUACUACUGUUUACAUGCUGCUUGGCCUCCGGGUUAAUUGACAGCACAAUAUACAAUGCCUACAACACCUUUGUAUCAAUGCAGACUGGGAAUACUAUAUUUGUCGGCCUAGGCGCAUCAAACCAAAACUUGCGUCCAUACGGCUGGGCUCGGUCAUUAACAUCUAUCGGCUGUUUUGCCGUGGGAUGUUUUCUGUUCGCACGACUGAAUCACGUUGUCGGCGCACGGCGACGUGGGUGCUUGAUGCUCUCCUUCCUCAUCCAAGCGAGCACCAUCCUUAUCACCGCUGGUCUCAUCCAAGUUGGCGUCAUUUCAACUGAUUUGGAAAGUCAGUCACAAGAAAAGACGCAAUGGAUCCAAGAGGUUCCAAUCAUUCUUCUCAGUCUUCAGUCGUCCGGUCAGAUCGUCGCAAGUCGAGCUCUGGGUUUCAAUGAAAUCCCGACUGUGGUGAUCACGAGCCUUCUGUGUGAUCUGAUGUCGGACCCGAAGCUCUUUCUGUUACGAAAUGGAAAGCGUGAUCGACGUAUUGUGGCAUUCGUUCUGACUCUGAUAGGUGCCAUUGUCGGUGGUUGGAUCACCAAGGCCACGGGGCAAAUUGUGCCGGUUCUCUGGCUGUCAGCGGGAAUCAAGAUGUUAAUUGUCAUUGCAUGGGGAUUCUGGCAGACAGGUCAAUAG